AUGAAACGUGCAAGAACAUCUUCCGAUGCGGGACCUGUAGAAGAACAUGGUAGCGGUUUUGUGGCACCUAUGACAUUAUUUGAUAUGUUUCCUCAUAAUGAUACAUUUGAGGGAACACAUAGCUUACAGUUGUUAGCUAACCCAACUGCCAAUAAUGCUGAAAUUUACACGUUUAUACAUAACCGUCAGGAUUAUGGUGUUAUGGAUACUGGUGAUGCAAAAUUAUCUGGAAAAUUGCGGUUGCAUGUCACACAAGGGGGUGCCGAACCUGCUAACGGUGAUAAUUUUUGUGUAAAUAGGCGACCGUUCAAAUAUGGGUGGAAAACCAAAGCAGUAUAUUUAAAUAAUCAAUUAAUUACACCGCAAUCAAGUAAAGAAAAUGAAUUGGAAUAUGUUCAUGAUUUGCUAACCACUGAACCCAGUGAUUGGGCAGAUGAUACAGAUAUUACUUUAGGCACAUGUGAUACACCCGGGCAAUUUGACACAAUAGCUAAUUCACAUGAUGGUGCUGCCGGUAAUGUAAAUGUGAGGGCACGGGCACGAUAUGUGCUAUUGAGUCAGGCUUUGGAAUUUCAAUGUAUUGAUAAUAUUGAUUUGUUGGGGCAUAAUAAACGUUAUGUUCCCGCCUCGUUUGAUAUGAAAGUGGUUCUAACGCGAUUGGAAAAAACCAAAAUGUUGCUGGGAACGGCCACAACAGCUGCAACGAUAGAUCUUUGUUAUAAUGAUUUUGAAUUAAAAGUACCCAUUUUAAAACCCACUGUGCAAUUAAGUGCUGCAAUUAAUGAAUUGAUGAUUCAAAAAGUUGAGGAGUGUCGUGAAUUAGUUGAAAGUGAAAUAACGGGAAAUGAAUUGCCUGAAAAUGAAUUAAUGGGAUAUGAUGAUGAUGAGAUUGUUGAUGAAAAUGUAAAAAAUAAAAAUCCAACAGAAAAUAUUUCUACCGAUUCAUUAUAUAAUGUUCAAAAAAAUGAGGGUGACGAGAUUAACGAAAUUGAUGAUGAUGAUGUAAAUUCCGCAGGAUUAGACGAACGAACAAUACAGACAUUUUUAGAACAAUUAAUUCAAUUACAAAAUCAAACGAUUAUUAGAAAAAAAGAAAGCCGUCCUUAUACCUAG